UCCUAAACAAAGUAUUUGUUUCAUGUGAAACCUCAGUGCUAACGUGUCUGUUUUGGUUUGUGUUUUUAGGGAUCAGACGGGAAUCUCUAAUUUAUUACUUGCUGAGUGUUCUGUCUGGUGAAAGUCAUGUCAUCCAUAUUGCCAUUCACUCCACCAGUUGUGAAGAGACUUCUGGGGUGGAAAAAAUCUGCUGGUGGCUCUGGAGGGGCUGGUGGUGGUGAGCAGAAUGGUCAGGAGGAAAAGUGGUGUGAAAAAGCAGUGAAAAGCUUGGUCAAGAAGCUAAAGAAAACAGGACAGCUGGAUGAGCUUGAGAAGGCAAUUACCACUCAGAAUUGCAAUACAAAAUGUGUGACGAUACCAAGCACUUGCUCUGAAAUUUGGGGACUGAGUACACCAAACACGAUAGAUCAGUGGGAUACAACAGGCCUUUACAGCUUCUCUGAACAAACCAGAUCUCUCGAUGGCCGUCUACAGGUAUCUCAUCGUAAAGGAUUACCGCAUGUUAUUUACUGUCGUUUGUGGCGCUGGCCAGAUCUUCACAGUCACCAUGAACUUAAAGCAAUUGAAAACUGUGAAUAUGCUUUUAAUCUUAAAAAGGAUGAAGUAUGUGUAAACCCUUACCACUACCAGAGAGUGGAGACACCAGUCUUGCCUCCUGUACUAGUGCCGCGACACACUGAGAUUCUAACGGAGCUUCCACCUCUCGAUGACUAUACCCAUUCCAUUCCUGAAAACACUAACUUUCCAGCUGGAAUUGAACCACAGAGCAAUUACAUACCAGAAACACCACCUCCGGGAUAUAUCAGUGAAGAUGGAGAAACAAGUGACCAGCAGCUGAACCAAAGCAUGGAUACAGGAUCUCCAGCAGAGCUGUCUCCUAGUACCCUCUCCCCAGUUAAUCAUAGCUUGGACUUGCAACCAGUUACUUACUCGGAGCCUGCGUUUUGGUGUUCAAUAGCAUAUUAUGAAUUGAAUCAAAGAGUGGGAGAAACCUUCCAUGCAUCACAGCCUUCCCUGACCGUAGAUGGCUUUACAGAUCCAUCAAAUUCAGAACGAUUUUGUCUAGGUCUGCUUUCCAAUGUAAACAGAAAUGCUACAGUGGAAAUGACAAGGCGACACAUAGGAAGGGGAGUACGUCUCUAUUACAUUGGCGGAGAAGUUUUUGCUGAGUGCCUAAGCGAUAGCGCCAUUUUUGUUCAGAGCCCCAACUGUAAUCAAAGAUAUGGCUGGCAUCCUGCAACUGUGUGCAAAAUUCCACCAGGGUGCAAUCUAAAAAUCUUUAAUAACCAAGAAUUCGCUGCUCUUCUGGCUCAAUCUGUGAAUCAGGGGUUUGAAGCAGUUUAUCAGCUUACUAGAAUGUGUACCAUAAGAAUGAGUUUUGUUAAAGGAUGGGGAGCUGAAUACAGGCGGCAAACAGUAACAAGCACUCCUUGCUGGAUUGAACUUCAUCUGAAUGGACCUCUACAAUGGUUGGACAAAGUAUUGACUCAGAUGGGCUCCCCUUCAGUACGCUGCUCCAGCAUGUCGUAAAACUCCUUCCUCCGUUACCAGUGGGCUAAAUAUUGAGUCCAGUCAACAGACUUAAUAUAACAGCUCGUCUGUCGUAGUAUUUGUGUGUGGUCCCCAUGAACUGUUUACUAUCCAAAAAGGUUUUUAAAAAAAAAAAAGGAAAAAAAAAAAAAAGAAAAACAGCACUUGAGGUCUCAUCAAUUAAAGCACCUUGUGGAUUCUGUUUCCUAUACUCUGAUACUAGAUGAAAAUUUAGUGUAUAGAAAUACCUUCUUCAGAAAGAAGAAGGGACAGUUCUAAAGACUCUUAAUGGUGUUUUUAUUGGGUAUAUAAUUGAGUGUCCUAAUGGUUUAUCAAUAACAUGAAUAGCUAAGUAUAUGUACAGGUAAUGUAUCAUGAUCUCAAAUAUCACAGUAUUGUGCUGUUCUACAUUUUAGUUCCCAUAAAUAGUUGUUUGUUUUUUUGAUUGGGGCAAAUCUCUCAUAAAAUUCCAAGACUCUACUCCUUUAUUCUUUUAUAUUUUUUUAUAUAAGCAGGUUUUCGAGUUGUCCUAAACAUAAAAAGCAGACUUUCCUUGUAGAAAAGCUUAACUUUUUGCUGCCUUCUUAAAGAAAAAGAAAAUCCCUCCAUUGGAAGGGAAAGAAAUGUCUUGAGAUUCAUCUGUGAAAUCUUAAGACACUUUAUAUGCUUAAUGGGGCCUAAAAUGAAUUCAUAUUAUAAAUUCCAAGUAUCCAUCACACUAGGAGUCUACUUUUCCCUACCCAUCUGAGUUGAUGCAUCUAUUGCCAGCAGUAUUGCUGGCACGGAUGUAAUUUGGGACUUUUUUUGUACCUUGAAUCAUUGAAAUCAGUGUUUUUUCUCAUGGAAUGAGAAUUUACUGUAGCAUUGGAUACUGGAUUAAGUACACAAGGUUAUUGGCUUUUACCCCUUACAUCUGUAUUUUUUCAUUAAACAGAUGUCACUAAAAAUCAUGGUUUUUAGUUUUUGGAGCCAAAUACCUUGAAAAAUCCUUUCCCAGGGUAAACUAGACUCUUUCGUAUAGGUUUUAAAUAGAUGCAGCUUCUUAACAUAUUUCAGUAACAGAAUUUAAAUUUCUGAUCUGAGUGGCUUUGUAUAGCUUACUUACAUACCAGAUCAUACGCAUUCAUUAUGUCAUAAUGGGCCUUGUUAUUAAAAGUAGUUGCUUCUGCAAAACCUCUAGGAUAGUGGUUGCUGAGGUAUGACCAGCGAAGGAGGACUUCUAGGUUCUUCGUGACAGUGCAUGUUAUUGUGAACCCUUGGACACUACAGCUGCACCAUAUUAAAAAUAUUCUGAAAUAUAUUCUACAGAUAAGUCUGGGU